AUGAAGCCAUUUUUUGCAGCUUCGUCCCUCGGUGCCGCCAUAACUAUGCCGAUCUGCGGGUUCCUCAUCGCGCACUUUGGUUGGGAAUCUGCAUUUUACUUCACUGGUAUAAUCGGAGUGAUGUGGUCCGUGGCGUGGUUCGCCGUGGUGUACGACACGCCCGCACAGCAUCCGCGCAUCUCUGAAACGGAGCGCAACUACCUGCUUAAAGCUUUGCCGCAGGAGAACAACACUAAAGGACACAUGCCGGUACCUUGGCGCAGUUUGCUCCUAUCGCCUCCGGUGUGGGCGAUCAUCAUCACGCACGGUGCUUCCGUCUUCGGAUACUUCACCGUAGUUAAUCAGUUGCCCACCUACAUCGAGAGCAUCCUACACUUCAACAUCAAACACAACGGUCUCCUAUCUUCUCUACCAUACCUGGGCAAGUACCUGUGUGCGCUCGCGUCUUCAGUGCUUGCCGACUCGCUGCGACGUAGCGGCCGCCUCUCCACCACCGCCGCGAGGAAACUGUUUACUGGAUUGGCUGUUGGCUUACCUGGUAUCCUUAUGGUGGUCCAAGCGUUCCUGGGGCACGACAGGGUGUGGUCGAUAGCCAUAUUCACAUUGGCGCUCACCAUCAACGGUGCCGUCACCGCCGGGUACCUCGGCAACGGUCUUGACAUUGCGCCGAACUUCAGUGGUACAAUCUUUGGUAUGGCGAACACGCUGUCCUCUUUCGGCGGCUGGCUCUCCACCUUCAUGGUCGGAGAACUCACCAAAAAACAUAACACAUACGAGCAAUGGCAGAUAGUCUUCUACAUCUUGGCCGGCACCUACGUGUUUGGGGCUCUGUGCUUCGUUUGUUUCGGAUCCGGGGAGCUCCAGCCCUGGAACUCGCCGAAGGCGGCCGAACCAAACCACAAGCAAGAGGAGCAACCCCUUAACGAAGAGAAGGCGUGA